AUCACAAACCAGGAAAACUAGAAUCCAUGUUCAGAGUCAUUGGAUCUUGAGGAAUUGAUACAGCAUCGCUAAUAAUCCCACAGAAUUCAGAAACUACAUUGGAUUUUAAAAAAGAAGCCUUAUUUUCGUGCCUUGGAUCUGAAGCAGAUUAAAUAAUAGAAAAGGGUAGGCUAUUAGGUCAUGAUUUGUAUACUACAGCUGUCCAGUUUGAGUUGACAGACAUUCUUUGCAGGGCCAGCUGACUGAAUAAGAAAGGCACAGAAAAACUCUGAGAGUAAUAGGUGGACUGUAAAAAAAAAAAAGUGUUAUUGAGGGGAAAAAAUGAAUGCAACAACAAUCAAAGCCGAUGGAGUUACUAGAACAAAUAGUUAAAGCUCCUUUGUAAACUACAGUUUCCUAAAAUGAAGGUAUAAAGGAAACUGGAUUAGUUCAUAGUCCUGACAUACACUUCAAGUUGUAAUAUAGUGUAAAUUAUUGUUCUAACUAAACUUGGACUAAACCUUCUGCAAGCAGGACAACGAGAGAACCAAUAUGAAAGGUGAACUAUAAUUUACUUUUUAGACCUUCUGCAAGCAGGACAACGAGAGAACCACCAUGAAAGGUGACUUGCUUUUGGUUUCAAGUAUCAUUGUACUAAUGCAUAUGGUAUGUGGAUGCCCCGAAAAGUGCCUAUGUCAUCAAACUUCAAAGACAGUGGACUGCAGGAAUCAAGGACUUGUUGAAAUUCCCUCCCACGUACCACCUGAAACUCUAAUAUUACAGUUGCAGAAUAACCAUAUUUGGAGAAUCAAUGAAAAUGCAUUCAGUGAAAUCCCUUUGCUCAAAAUUUUAGACUUGUCUAAUAAUUCUGUUUCAAAUUUGUCAUCGGGUGCUUUCCAAGGACUACGAUACCUACAGGUUCUAAACCUAACCAAGAACUUGAUUCAUUACCUAGAAAACAAGACUUUCAGUUCCCUCCCUCAAUUAAAAGAACUGGAUUUGUCCUCCAACAGUAUAUUAAAUUUGCCUGAAACUCUAGGAAAUAAUACAGGGAAUAUAACUUUAUUGUCUGUUAAGUAUAACAAGCUUCAAAGACUGGACAGAAUUCUGCUGGAAUCCCUCCCAAAUCUGAAAGUUGUUCUUUUCAAGAAUAAUCCAUGGCAAUGCACUUGUCAUGUCAUUGGCCUUAAACUGUGGCUAGAGAGCUUUUUAUACAGAGGAGGAAUAAGUGAUGGCAUUAUAUGCUCAACACCAGAAAAUCGGAAGGGAAAGGACCUCCUCAAAGUUCCUUAUGAGAUGUACGGGACAUGCCCUCCCACAGUGGCUCAUGUUCAUCUGGCUAAUAUUCAUCACCAUAGCUCUGAGCACAGAAGUUCUCUGAAGCAUACUCAUCACAAUGAAAAUGGAGAAAGUAGCCAUUCAGACUGUGAACCUAAACCGAAGCCAAGGCCAGUUAGUUUGCGUCAUGCAAUCGCCACUGUAGUAAUAACUGGAGUUGUCUGUGGAAUCGUGUGUCUAAUGAUGUUGGCAGCUGCUGUGUAUGGUUGCGCCUAUGCUGCAAUUACUGCUAAAUACCACAGAGAACACUUGGCCCCAGUAACAGCACAGGGGAGUCCUGAAGAAAAAGAGCCAUUUGAUAGUUCCUUGGCUUAAGUUACUUUUGGUCUUUGGUUUCACUCAAGUAAGACUUCUCGUUUCAAUCAGAAGCUUAGUGUCAACUAGGAUUGAUUUACUUGUUACUCCUGUAUUUUGAUUUUUCACAUUAAAACAGUUUCUGUAAAAUAGA